AUGGAGGCCAAAACUUGCCACUCGUGCAAAAUAUUUGGUCACUCUGACACCACUUGUCCCAAGAUGGCUAUCGCUACCACUACCGCUUGGAAACCUAAAAACCUCCCACAGAAGCCUGAAGAUUCCAGAAGUGCGAAGGAGAAAUCCAUUAUUUCCACAGUUGAGUUUGUUUCUCCUGAACUCCCUACAAUUAGUGCUAUUGCAGAUGCCAAUCCCAUAACCUCUACACAAGCACAAGAGCAGCAAAUCACUCAAAAUCUCUUAGAGGUUUUGCCUCCAUCCCAAAAUGAACAAGAUUCCCAGGUAUACUCUAUACUUGAAUCUACUUUUAUGCUUCCAGCACAUCCCUCACUCUAA